AUGGAUACACAUAACUCAACAGUAGCAACACUCGCAUCGCAGGUCGCCCGAUUCAGUGCCUCAAAGACACCAUUUCGUAUAUACCAUGGCUCUACGCUGUCUACACGGAAAUCGUCCCGUGAUCGCAAUCAAAUCAUCGACGUUAGCUCCCUUAACCAUGUGCUGCAGUUCGAUGAGCUUGAGAAGACCGUACUCGUGGAGCCGAACGUGCCGAUGGAUAAGCUUGUAGAAGCCACAAUGGCCAAGGGUUACUUACCAAAGGUCGUUAUGGAACUUCCGAAUAUUACAGUGGGUGGUGGGUUUGCUGGCACUAGCGGUGAAAGCAGUUCCUACAAGUAUGGGCUGUUUGAUCGCACAAUCUCAGGCAUUGAGCUCAUCCUAGGAAACGGCGAGGUGGUAUGGGCGUCAGCAGUAGAGCACCGCGAUUUGUUUUUCACUGCAGCUGGGAGUUGUGGCAGCUUGGGCGUCAUUACUCUACUCAAAAUGGAGCUUAUUGAUGCUCGUCGCUAUGUUGAGUUGGAGUAUAUCCCAGUCCGCUCAACGAAUGAAGCCGUCGAACAGUUGCGACGCUACCAAGAUGAUCCGGAGGUCGACUACAUGGAUGGCAUCCUGUAUUCGAUGACGAGUGGUGUAAUCAUGAUUGGUCGCUUGACCGAUGCUCCAAUGGAUAGGAAGAUUCAGAGUUUCGACAAAGCGACAGACCCUUGGUUGUACAUGCACGCAGAAGACAUUCUAAAGCGGACACAGAGCGAGAAAACGACAUACAGGGAGCUGGUAACUGUUCAAUCAUAUCUCUUCCGUUACGACAGAGGCGUCUUUUGGUCAGGACUGCGCGCGUUCAAGUACUUCGUUACGCCAUUCAAUCGUCUUACACGUUUCCUACUGGAUCCUUUCAUGUACUCUCGGACAAUGGUACAUGCCCUGCAUCGAUCAGGCCUUGCCUCCCGAACAAUCAUUCAGGACUAUGGAAUACCAUAUGAUGCAGCAGAAGAGUUUGUUAGAUGGACGGACGAAAGGACGGGCAUCUGGCCGCUCUGGCUGUGUCCAGUCAAGUCAGCACCGCGCGGAGAGCGUAGCUUCUCCCAAGGUAACAAUGUCAAGGACGACAUUCUCCUUGACGUGGGAAUAUGGGACAUGGGGCCAAGCGACGCUCACGCAUUCAUCAAGCUGAACCGGGAUUUUGAAGCCAAAGUUACGGAGCUAGGCGGCAUGAAGUGUCUGUAUGCGCAUGCGUACUACACUGAGCAGGAGUUUUGGGACAUCUACGAUGAGAAGAAGUACAUGGAGCUACGGAGAAAGUACCACGCCGAGAGCUUGCCAAGUGUCUACGACAAAGUGAAGGUUGAUCUGCAAGGCGUCGCGGGAGGAGAGAGCGUCCAGAAGACGGAGUCGUGGAAUGACUGGGCAUACCGGCAAUUUUGGGAUACAUGGCCUCUUGGGGGAUUGUAUGGGGUUGCGAGCGCAACCAAAGGGUUGUUUUUCCAAAGCGACUUCUUGUUGAAGAAGUGA